AUGUAUUCCUACAAUCUACAGGAGUCAAGCCCAUUCUUCUCAAAGCUACCUGCGGAGCUUCGCUUGGAGAUUUACGAGUUUAUUUUCUGUUCCACCUGCUUAUCUUUCGUCAAGCAAACAAGGGACAAAGCGAAAGACGGCAGCGCCCGCCUACUCCCAGACCCCAAUGGCUUGAGCGCCCUCCGCGUCUGCCGUCGAUUCAAUGAGGAGAUCGGAGACCGUUGGCUGGGCCAGGUCCUAUUGAGCUUCCAUGACCCGCUGACAGUGCUGAAGAAGCUCAGUGCCCUGGACCAGCAGACCCUCGGGAAGCUGCGCAACUUGCGCUUUUGGUGCUCAACCCCAAUGGUGGAGAAAAAGCCAGGCGCAGGGAUGCGAUUCCGGUUGUCAAACUUCCUUGGGAUGCUGAGCGGACUGAACCUUGAUAGGCUUAUCAUUUCCGGCCCACACCGGAGAGAGUACCAAUACCUCGAACUGGAUGCCCUAAUCAGGGGCAGUAAUGGGUGGAAGGAACUCUACUACGUGUCUGCGAGCUCCGAAAUGCUCGGCUUUGAGAAAACCGCGGUUGUCUCCCUCCUUUACUCCCGCCGCACCGUCCAGCGCGCACCGCAGCCAUCGACAUGGACUGAAGCAAUUGCAGCCCGCGAUGGACCCACGGCGUCUGUCACCAUUUAUCGGUGCACGGAUGAGGUUUUGAAAGGUUCCAUGAUAUACAACUCGCUCAAUCGCCAGGUCUUCACUGAUCAGGUUGCGAAGCCUGGGAGAGAGUCCGAAUAUGGGGUUGAGCGAGACACCGCUCUGAUGGCACCCGGUGAAAGGAAUAAAGAGAUUUUGGUGGUAGUUAAGAGAGGCAAGAACGUUGACUCCACCGAGAAGGGCAACUUGCGAAUUCUGAAAAGAUACAUUAUAAAUUAUCACACUAGAGUAAUGCCCGAGGAGCGAACCGGGCCCCUGCCUAGGUCCGACGACUGCGACCUGCUCAAGUACCUAGAACCAUAUGACGAUGACUACUUGAUGGGAUCCGAGAACUAA